AUGCAACCCAAGUCUGAAACUGCAAAUCAAGUUAGGUCGGAUCCUCAUUCCUUACCGGCCGGUGGUGUUGGUGGUGUUUACGCUGAACCUUGGUGGCGUGGUGUUGGAUACAAUCCUGUAGGGCAAACAAUGUCUGGUGCCAAUUCAUCCUCUCUUGACUGCCGCAAUGGUGAUUCAGAAUCCAAUGAGGAAGGGCAAUCUAUGUCCAAUAGUGGAAUGAAUGAGGAAGAGGAUGAUGCUGCUAAGGAUUCGCAGCCUGCUGCUGCUCCUAAUCAAUCAGGAAAUUAUGGGCAAGAACAACAAGGAAUGCAGCACACUGCAUCAUCUGCGCUUAUCGUUCAUGAAGAAGGCCUCACACAAACUCCUCCGAUGGAGCUUGUUGGUCAUUCAAUUGCAUGUGCUACAAAUCCUUAUCAGGAUCCAUAUUACGGGGGCAUGAUGGCCGCUUAUGGUCACCAGCAGUUGGCAUAUCAUCCUUUUAUGGGAAUGCCUCAUCCCAGAAUGCCUUUGCCCCUCGAGAUGGCUCAGGAACCUGUUUAUGUGAAUGCCAAACAAUACCAAGGAAUUCUGAGGCGGAGACAAGCUCGUGCUAAAGCAGAGCUUGAAAGGAAGCUCAUAAAAUCUAGAAAGCCAUAUCUUCAUGAAUCUAGACAUCAGCAUGCUAUGAGAAGGGCAAGAGGCACAGGAGGACGAUUUGCAAAGAAAACUGAUGGUGAAGGCUCAAACAACUCAGGAAAGGAUAAUGGCUCUGGUCCAGUCCUGUCAUCACAGUCAAUUAGUUCAUCUGGUUCAGAACCCUUACCUUCAGACUCUGCCGAAACCUGGAAUUCUCCCAACAUGCAACAAGAUGCAAGAGUAACAAAUGAAAACGGCGGUGUCUCCUACCAUAAUAACAACAAUGGUAUGCAAUCUUCAAGAUAUCAAGGUGAAAGAGUGGAUGAAGGGGACUGUUCAGGGCAACUUCGUGGAAGCAUCUCCUCGAACGAGGCAUCACAGAGACGUCUAGCUAUUCAGUAG